AUGUCCACAUCUACCAAGCCCGACUCUGGCACCCCCUUCUCCAUCGCCGCCGACUUGCAACCAUGUCGUCUGCUCGAGCUGCCGCCCGACCUACUCGACUACCUCGUCUCCACUGACGCGCCUACCCUGUCCUUCAAGGCCAAAGACGCGACCGACCCUGAAGCCUUCCUCACCACAAAACACCGCUCCUAUUCCAUUCGUCAAGUCCACACCUCCAACACCGUCUACAUCACGAAUCCUGCCGCCAAUUCCUCUGGUACGAUUGCCGUCUCCCAAUGUGCCUCCGCUCUUGAGUGUCUACCUACGCCCAAUCGCCAUGCCGAGUCCGUCCUCCGUUCCCUCUUGAUCCCCGUGGCCCAACCGCAAGACGUAAACAUUCGCCUGUCCGAUCCGCCUUCCAGAUCCUACGUCUUUGCGCAUACUCCAAUGAGCCAUGACGAAUGUGACCAUGUCUGGAGAGACCUUGUCGCAUUUGAGCAUGAUGGCCAGAGCUUCCGACCUACUGCCGCUGCCCUUACUGGAGUCUGGAAAUGGUUGUUGGAGAUCGCAUAUGCUCACGCCGUCAAUCUCGCCAUCCCCAUACAGAGAGAGUCCAUCGACAAGAUGCUCGACGGAGAAGACGAGUGGCCGAGGAGUUUGGUUGACGCCAUCUUCAUGAAGCUGUCCGAGAGCGAGCAAGAGUCGGUGCAUCUUCAACAACAGCCUACGCUCAAGUGGGUUGGCCAGAACACACUUGAAUCUCAUCACCAGAUACAUCCCGACCAGCCGACUAUCGAAACAUCCGACUUCCUGGAAGCCUGGAGAGACGCCCUUCCGGAGGCGUGGCGACCCAUGGCAUCCCUUGACAUGCUCAAGGGCUUGUACAAGCUGUCGGCGGGCGGCAAGCGCAUCGAGUUCGUACGCAAUCAAAGCACACAAGCCGCAGAAGCCACUGCUGGCGCUGCCAAACCAGCGACAACUGCGACGGCUGGCAAGAGGAAAUGGCACGAAAAGUUUGCCGCGGCAAGGAAGCAAGGCAAGCCGUCGUGA